UCGGUUUUAUUACGGUUAAGUUUAAUAGUCACCGGUUUGGUAGAACCGUUUUACUGCUCAAUCGGGAAACAAAUCGUCGUCUCUUUGCUCGGAGUCGGACAAAGGCUUUCCUCGGGGCAAGCUCGUCGAUGUUGCCUCUGAUCAGGGAAGGAGGAAGAAUGGCGGGAGGAUCUGAGAGAAAGACGAUACUGGUGGGUCUGGUUCUAGCUCUUGUUCUUGGAGUCGCUGUUUACUUAAGGCUCUGGACAAUCGAUUAUACUCUAUCUUCUGACGACACAGAACGCUUAAGGAGACAGUUUGAUUUGGCGAAUAGAGAGGCAAUGGAUGAAUCCGCAGAAUGGCGGAGAAUGUUUGACAAUGAAGCAGAGAAAGCUUCUAAAUGUAACACAGAACUGGCACUGAUGAAAGAGUUAUCUGGGAAUGGAGACACCUUUACCUUCAAUCAAAAGCUAGAGUCAGUACAUAAGGAAAACGCGGCGUUGCUUAUUCAGAUAGAGACAUUAAAACAAGAACUUGAAGCUUCACGGUUGAAGUGCCGUUCAAGAGAGGCACCCCGUUAGAUUAAUCUUCGUGACUGCUGCGUCAGCGUUUGAUUUGGUUUUCGCUCAAGAAACUCUUGAAUAUUCCAUUCUGAUUGUAUUAUAUAUAACAGUUGUCAUAUACAAUUUAUGGGCUCUUUCUUAGAACAGGCACCAGCAAUACCUAUUAUAUAUACAACACAAUGUUCAUCACCUUGUAUUAGUGAGAUAAUCAAUUCUAGAAUUGAGUU